GGAAAAUGUCAAUGGCGUUGUCAUAAAUUUCAUUAUCUAUAGGCAUUAAUCACAUUUAACAUUUCGUGUUACAAAUUAUAGUGUUUUUACCAUGCGUGAUAUCAAGUAUAUUAUCAUUCCCAAAGGUACAUUCGAUCCAGAGAAAAUAUCUAUCGUCAAAAUCCCAUCGUUAACCCAAAUCGAUGGUCCUUUAAUUGUAGUUCCUACCAAAAGGCAAAAAAUACUCGGAUAUAAUUCCCUCAAAUCCCUGACAACGCCCGAAGAAAUUUAUUACGAAAGUCCAGCAAACCAACAAUUUGCGCCUUAUGAUUUCUACCGAAAGGAAACCAUUCAAAAUAUCCCUUUACUAAAUCAGGAUCCUUUAACAUUGGGUUAUUUAAACAUUCCAAACAUCAUAAAUAAUAUUACACACCGAAACAAAGCUAACAAAGCGAAUUUGAGCAAAACAUCUGAAAUAAUCCAAACCGAGUCUUCAUCAUCUAUAUCAAUCCAAAUAAUUAGCCAAGGAAAUCUACAAGACAGCAACGGCUGCGAAUGCAACGCGAUUACAAGAAACGUCUCCACUCAAAAAUACUUGCGAGUGUCACACGUUGCUUGUGGAAAUUCCUUCUUCAAAAUGCUAUCCGAUGCCUCCUGCGGACCAGACAAUUACGCUUCGAUAAUUGCCAGAAAUAAAACCCACAAAUCUAAAUCCACUGUACGUUUCGAUGUCUCCGUUCGAUGUGAAACCGUCCCGAAAAAUCCCGUAACAGAUACUGAUGAAACGCUAAAACGUGCUAAAUUGUUGUUAAAAUGUCUGAACAAAAAGCGAUUGAAAGAGGUUUGUUGCGAGUAAUUCGUCAAUUGUAUUGAAUGUAAACAUGUUAUUAAUACAAAUACUUAACGUUUG